AUGGUAAGUCCAAAAAAGAAGGGUACAGUAACAUCCAAAACUGUAGUUAGCAAAGCGCUACAUAAGCUGAGAAUGGUCUCGCCGGAUGUAGACACAUCAGGCAAAUACAUUGGCUCUAUGAGUGAAUAUGACCUUGGAAAGAGGACUAAAAAGUCCUUCAGCGAUGGUACCAAACGCAAGCGCAGUGGGUCGAUUAUCAAUAGUAUCAAGAAUCCGUUCUCAACUAGAGAACAAUACCAUCUGUUAGCUGCCGCCGUGAACAACGAGCGAAAUACCAUGAGACCAAAGGUUAGUAGUAGUAGUCACUCGGAUUCCAAGGCUAGGUUACACGUUCCUAGAGUGCCUUCUAGGGAGCACGUUUCGGCGGCUACCUCACUUUCGUCGAGAAGAAGCGAGAUGCUUCACUCGCCUUACGAUCAUGAUCUGAGUGCCUUGGAAAAAGGUGAACUUCAAUUACACAGGGAGCAAAGCCCAUUGAUCCCAGACCAUGUUGCAGACUCGACUAAUUACCAAUCUUUUGUCCAUGUUGAGCAACAACCGGUUAUCACGCAAGGUAGCAUGCCAAUGACUCCGAUCCCACUUCCUGGUCACGGCUCUAUACACAUGACGUCGCAAAUGCAACAAAACGGUCAAGAACUAAGUUGCCGUAAAACACAUUUAAACAGGUUCCUGACUCACUUAUAUGAAAAAUAUCCUAGUUACCUUACUGGUUUCGUGGUUAUCCUGAUGUUCGCCGGUAGUAUGUACUCUAUUUCUACGGGUAAGGGAACAAGAUAUAUAACUGCAGCAAUGAAGGCAACCCUAUGUUGGCUAUUGGGUUCUAAUACGGCUGACCUCAUAUUUGGCGAUGGAUUCUGUGAAUUUGAUUUCCAAGGCCACACGCAAUCUCUAAACUAA